AUGUCUAUACCGGUUCAAUCUACCAAUAAAGUCUCUUUCACCGAUUUCAUCACUAGGAAAUGUAAAGAGCAACCUUUUGUGCCGAUUGGAUGUCUCGCUACUGUUGGUGCGUUAUUGGGAGCUACAUACCACUUGAGAAAGGGGAACAGAAACAAGUUCAAUCAGUUCUUGCGAUUACGUGUAUAUGCUCAGGGCGCUACGGUGAUAGCAUUGAUGAUAUAUGGUGGAGUAGCAUUUACGAAUGAUCAACAGCAAGCUAACUAUAUUAAGAAUCGAAUCGCUCUUGGUGAGAUACCUGCCGAUACAUAUUAUCCAGGACGUCUCGACGUGCCCAAACCACCCAAAAACGCAUCUUCAUCUCGAUUCACUAUACCUGAAAACGCUCCUCCUAAAAUCGAAACCGAUUUCCCCACAUCCUUACCCGAAUCACUAUCUACCGCUGUAGAUGCUCCACCGUCCCUGUCGAAAGAAGGCGAGAGUAGUGCUGGACCAGGAGGGGCAUACCCGCUGAGGAAGGAGGAAAGGAUGAAAGUGUCUGAUUUCGCUAGGAGGUUGAAGGAAGCUGAACAAUUGCAUAAGGAGGAAGAGGCUGCUAAGAGGGCUCGUAGUUGA